AUGGAUCUCCAACGCAUGCGAAAGACUGCCAUUACAGGCGGCAGCAGCCUCGUCGAGCUCCCCGAAUAUAUCAUCACGUCAUUCUUGCCUGGAGCGCGACCUCUCCUCGAGCAAUAUCCCUUCCUCUUCCGCUUCUUCGGCGUCAUUCUCGCGCUGUACUACUUUGGCCCGAUCGCGCGACUAAAGUCACUAUGGACACAGUUCUCGUCCAUGAUUGUCGCCACCAUCAACGUCAGCUCCGACGAAGACCUCUUCGGCUACCUGACAUCGUGGAUAUCGGACCACCGGACCCUCCGCGCAGAUCAAGUCCUCAACGCCAUGUCCAACACGCCGCAGGACACGGGCCGGCGACGAGUUCGCCACCACGAUCCCGACGUCGAGGAAACGAAGCGCAUGAACGAGCCACCGAAGAUCAAGUACGAACAAGGCCAAGGCACGCAGUUGUUCGUGCACAAGAAGCGUCUGUUCUUCUGCUCGCGACAGUUUGGCGAGGGACACACCUACUUCGGCAACCGCUACAAGCGCAUGGAAAUCAUCUCCAUCUCGUGCCUGGGCCGGACGACACAGCCGAUCAAGGACCUCAUCGAGCACAUCUACUUUCUCAACAAGGCGAGGGAGCGCUCCCUGACGAUCAUCCGCAGACCCUACAGAGGCGGACAGACGUGGAGCCGCGUCACGAGCAAGCCACGCCGGGCCCUGGACACGGUCAUCCUCGAGCUGGAGCAGAAGGAGAAGGUCCUCGCCGACGUGGCCGAGUACAUGGACCAAGCGACCAUGACCUUCUACGCCAACCACGGCAUCCCCUAUCGGCGAGGCUACCUGUUCCACGGACCGCCGGGCGUCGGGAAGACGAGUUUCGCCCUCGCCAUCGCGAGCAAGUUCAACCUGGACGUGUAUAACUUGUCGCUGCUGGACAACGAUCUCACGGACUCGGACUUGAUUUCCCUGCUGAACCAGCUGCCUGGUCGGUCGUUGCUGCUGCUCGAGGACAUUGACACCGCGGGUCUGAAUCGCAAGGGGAAGUCUACCACAGCAGCCGCACGACGCGGCGGGGCGUCCUGGGCCAGCGGCCUCAAACGUGGCCAGGUGCCGCGUGAUGCGGACGACUACAACGUCAACGACGAUGACGAAGCCGGGACCAACUCGCGGGUGACGCUGAGUGGGUUGUUGAAUGCGAUCGACGGUGUCGCGGCGCCAGAGGGGCAUGUUUUGAUCAUGCGAAACAAAAGGACGACCAACAAACCCAACGAAUUGGACGACGCACUAGUCCGUGCCGGCCGCAUCAGUGUGCGCGUGGGGUUCAAGAACGCGAGCAAACGCCAGGCCGAGGAGAUCUUCUUGCGCAUGUUCAUCGAUUUGCCCACCUCUGCGAGCUUGCGGGGGAUGGAAGAGGCUGCUGGGCCGAGUACGCCGACCGAGGAUGAGAAGCCCAAGGAUGAGCUUGGGCUGCGCGAUGGCGAGGAGACCACGCGCUUACGGGGCUUGGCGGAGGCCUUCGCGGCACUGGUCCCGGAGGAUGACUUCUCGCCUGCAGAUCUGCAGGAUUAUCUCCUGAUGCACAAGAAAGAUCCCCAGAAGGCCGUGGACGAGGCCAAGGGCUGGAUGGAGAAGGUCUAUGAAGAGAGAAAGAGGAAGGAUGAGGAGCAGAAGGAACAGAAGGAGGCGUGGCGGGAGGAGAAGCGCAAGGACAUCGACAGGUUCAGAGAGGAGGUCAAGGCGGCAGUCAGAGGAUUGAGCUCGGAGGAGGAUGAAGCGAAGAAUGGUCGAGAGCGAGACGAAAAGGCGGGAGACGAUAAGAAGGACAUGACACCUGAGAAGGAGGACCGAGAGCGCGACGACAAGGCCUCGAGGCAGUGA